CGCAAUUCCGCCAUCUUGGUUGGAGAGAGACGUGGUCGACGAAACAUAAAAACUGAUUUUGCAGAUUAUAUAAAAACGUUUCAAAAUGACAGUCAACUUAGAAGAAUACUUUAGAACCACAUUCGAGGAUAAGAUCCUCGUGUAAGUGGCAAAAUCAUGAUAUGUGAAUCUUUCUAAUGUAUUGGACUGUCCAGAUAACAAUGUUGUUAUAUGCAACGAGCAAAGUGGUUAGUCUUAAUCAGUAUCAUGCUUUCUUCACCAGAAAAAUGCCAGAACGCGAGGACGACCACCUCACUCCGGCUACAAGACUUCUGGAAAAGAGAAGAGAAAUGUCCGAAGUUGAGCAAGCACUUGCAGCUCAGAAAGAGGUCGGAAUAUAUUAGUUUAUCGUUAGAAAUAUCGUCAAAUAACACUUUAUUUUUCUACAAUCUCUGUCACCCCAACAAAUAGAAAAUUCAAAGAGGUUGAACGCAGCAUAAUUUAUGAACUGGUACAAAGUGUAUAACUGUAUACAAUUGUGCAUGUAAUAGAUACAUUUUCUAUAAAUUAAACCAUUUUGAAUCACCGGUUUAGGGACUUCUGUAGUGCACAUGUGAGGCUAACGAAAGUAACUCUUUUCAUCUUAUUUUGAGAAUUUCCACAUAGCCAGUGCAAAAUAAAAAUUUACAAAUACAAUAUAUCAGGUGUCGAGGGCAUACAUCUUCAGAUACCCAAAGGGAAAAGACUGACAAGAAAAGGGGUUCUUGAAAGAGUUUUAGUUGGUACCCAAGAAAGGUCAGCAUUGCUGACAGGAGCUUUAAAACUGACAGGAAGCCCUCAAUAUUGCAUUUGUGACCUCUAGACUUCUCGCUAUGCAGCACAAGUGUUGCAUAAAGCUAUUUGAAAAAUAGAUCUGUGCACUAGUUCUUGUCAAGUUCAGUCAUAUUGUUCAGACUUACAUGUACCAAUCAAGGCUCCUGUGAUGCACUUAGAUCAUUUGCCAUUCAGUAAGAAGACGAGAUAAGUUUUAUCUUAUUAAUUUAUUAUUAGAAAUUCCAAUUUAAAAAUUCCUCAGAAAGUAGGAUUUAGAGAUUCUUUCAUUUUACUGUUUCUUUACUGUUGUUUACUUACAGUCCACUGUGGGGGAGGGGGUUACCAGAUGUUUCUUUUUAUUUAUUGUGCCUUUUACUUUCGCUUUCCCUACUUUUUUCAAAUUCAUCAGGAAUUUCAAAUGAAAAUGGAGAGCCUUCAACAAAGAAGAGAGGAGCUUGACAGAAAGGAAUAUCAGCUAAAAGAAUCAUUGCUGAAGUUUGACAAGUUUUUAAAGGUAUGUUUAUAAAUGGAUUUCAGACAAAAUCUGGCUAACUUUAUAUCAAUUUAGUUGCAUGUAAAAGCAACUAUGCCAAGAAUAGACAAGCAUAACUGCGUAUAAACAGCUGCUGUUCCAACAUUAAGCAGUUUUAGUAAGGUAUGCCUCAGGCAUUGAUCCUGGGACCCUCUCUCUUCUCUUCAUUACUCUUUAAGUAGUAUUCAUUAGUGCGAAGAUUGCUUUCAUAUUCAUCUCUUCCUUUUAUUUAUCAACUACACGCCUUAAAGUGUAUUGUGACUUGACACUAGACCUUUAUGCUGAUGACACAAUUUCACUGAAAAACCCCAGCUGGCAAAAUGUUCCCCAUUUGAUACAGGCUCUCAGUCAAGGUCUCAAAUGUUUAGAGGAGUGGUGGGCAGAAAAAAAAUGUUUCUUGACUCUGAAAAGACGAAGUUCAUGCUGGUAACAGGGAAAUUUUUGUAGAAACUUGUCGCCUUAUGUCAACUUACAGUGUAAAUGGAAGUGAUAUUGAGUAUGUCACUAACUUCAAACUUCUUGGUGUUACAGUAGAUCAGGACCUUUCAUUAAAUAUCCAGACUGAGUAGUUAGACUGUAUGCAAAAACUUGGCCAAACCUAUUGGUCUCAUUCAUCACAUAAGUCCUUCUUUAGAACAUAAUCAGCACAAAACAUACUACUCUACAAUUAUCAAACCUGUAUUGUUCUAUGGAAGCAUGAUUUUGACUUCCUGUAGCAAAGAAAACCUUAAGAAAUUUCAGCUGUUCUGUGCCUUCAAAAACAAGAAGCUACCAUUAUCCUUGGUGCAGAAAGAACAGCAUCUUCAGUUAGUUUAUUUAACAUUUUAAAGUGCAUUAAUUUAUAUUUAUUGAUUCUGCAUAAAAGGCAAUCCCUUUUAUGCAGAAUCUCAUAAGAAUAAAUGCACCUUAAUUUCUAAAAUGCAGCAUUGAAUACCCCAUAUAAUCAACGCUUUAACAAAAUUCUCGAAUGUGAUUGGUCACCACCAGCCUGAUUUGAGCACUAGUAGGACAGUGUAUGCAUCAUGCUUGUAAUUGGACAGUGUAAUAUGACAGUUUACAUGUCAUGCAGGUAAUUGAACAGGGUAAUAGGACAGUUUAUGCAUCAUGCAGGUAAUUGGACAAUGUAAAAGGACAGUUAAAGGGACAGUUCAGACAUCAUGUCUGUGUAAGUGGACAGGUUAACUGAUGUUUUUCUUUUAUGAAAACAUAUAACCGAUGUCUCGUUUCUUUCUCAAAUUUUGUCAUAGUUUUGAUUAAUUGGUGACAGGACUUCGUGUCCUCCAAUUCUGUCUGUAAUCAUCCUUGUGAUUAACAAAUCAGACUCCCGCUUCACAGUCAUCCAAUUUUGUUUAUCACUUGUAUGAUUACAAACCGAAUUGGACUCCACUUGGUCCUAUUACCAUUAUAUAUAUUAAUAAUUUACUUACAUCAGAAACUCUGACAGACAUGAUACAUGUAUCUCUGCUCAUCUUAGUAAUCUUAAUUUUCCCUUAAUGUAAAAGAAAUACUGUUUGUGAUCAAACAUUUUUAAAGAAAGGAAAUUGCUAAUUGUGGACCUCAAACAGAGUUUUAUUGCUAAUAAUUUUAAGUUCACUUUUAAAUCAAUUUUAAGCCAUUAAAUUCUCACCAAAUCAUUCAUGUCAUUUCAGUGGUUUUAAAUCCUUUUAAAAUAUCUUUUCUUGUAAAAAUUUCUAUCAUUAGUUCUAUAUUCUUCAAUUAUCAUAGCUUUGUAUUCUAGUUGAAUGUUUAUAAUUUAUACUAUUUUACUAUAGAUAUUUUAUUUAGAUUUCCAUUUAUUCUGAGGGCCAUGAGUUCAUCUGUGUAAUUACUGACUAAUUUUACCCUGGCUUGUUAAAUUAAGUCCACCUACUUAUUUACGAAAGAAAAUUUAGUGAAGCAAUGUGCAAGGAAUUGAUCAAAAUAUCUAAGAGUUACAUAAAGGCAAGUUAGCUGUUUGUAUUUCAAACUGUGCAACCUUUCCUGCUAGAUCUUCAAUGAAGGAAAAUCACAUUUUCUGUUAUGUAUAACAAUAAAUUAUUUAUGUUUAAAUUCAGGAAAAUGAUUCUAAGAGGGCAAGAGCACUUAAGAAAGCAGCUGAAGAAAGAGAUAUGAGAAGGGCAAAGGACAGGGAAAUUGCAAGGUGGGAUACUUAAAGCCAGGGUAUAAAUCAAUUUUGCUCAUGGAAGAUGUUGCCCAUGCAUUGUGGCCUACUUGUAAAAUGUGUUGAUCAGUAUAGUAAUCAGCACACAAGACAUAUUGGUAAUAUUGACUGUACGUCAGUAUGAUAUAAAUCUCUAAGGUGAGGGGAAGAAAGGCUAUAAGGACUGGAGCAAAACAUACCGGUAGUAAACAUUUGUGCAUGUGAGUGUAAUCAAAUGAAUCCCUUUUCAUAGUGAGAAUAAAUUGUUUGUGUAUAAAAACUUUGUGGAUCAUGACUUGUUUGAGAAACUAAAUUUUUGUUGCUAAUGCAGAGAAUUCUCCACAAGGCAAUAAGUAUUGCAGAAUGUAAAAUUUUUUUGAUGGCCAUUCCCAAUCAUCUAAAUGAGUGGAAAAAAAAGAAAAUAGUACAAGGCAGCUCUGGAGACCAGUCCAUCAUAAAGUUAUAGACCUAAUAUGUACAUGUGUCAUGUAAAAACAGCUAUCUAGGAGAAUGAAUAUGUAUGCAUUGUUCAGGUUAAAAGAGGAAACAGCUACUUUAAUGAAAGAGAGAGAUCACAUACAAUACAAGUUGGAGAGAAAUGUCAUUUAUCAGCAAUAUCUGGAAAAGGUUUUGGAAUCAGCAGAGGAGGUAUGUUAAUUAACCAGCAUGUAUGUCAAUUGCUUUGUUUUAGCUUUCUUCAAAUAGCUGUGUAAUAUAUUAAUGUUGCUCAUUUCUGCUGGGUUGAUUAACAGUACCUUAAACCACUAGUCCAAAGAUAGCCCUUUACUUUGACACAAGAUCAUUCUCUGAUAUUUCUACAUACAAGUUCCAAGACAAAAUGGUGUUGUCAACAAAUAGUGAUAUUGUUUUGAACAGAUUUAAUUUGAAAAAAAAAAGGGGAAAUUAUUUUGAUAAAUUUUGUAGGCAGUGAGCAUGUAGCUCUGAAGCUUUAAGUAUUUUCAAUGCUGAGGUGACUGUCUCACAAACAUAACUGAUCCAUAAUUUUUAUUUUGAAGUGGCUGCCUACAUCAACUGAGAUGUUAAUUUUGUGAUAUCCUUCUUUUCAGUUUCAGGAGAUUCGGGAAGUUAUUGCUCGGUACGAUACGUUGACAGCAACACAUCAGGUAAUGAUCAAAGGCACCAUGAAGUCUCUAAUGAUUACGUUCAAGGUAUGGAGCCAUAUUGGUCCCAAGGGAUGAGCCUUCAUGAUAAAAUGUGGUUUGCUUGUAAAACUUACUGGAAAAUUAAUUUCCAAAAAUUCAGUGAGUGUUUCUAGACAUUAGCUGGAUUUAUUUCAGAUGGACUAAAGGAUUGAUGAACUAAAGGAUUAAUGAACUGAAAGCCUUGCAUGGUAAUGAAUUAGAGCUUCCUGGCUCUCCCUCAAGGAGGAAUUCUCACUUCUUGCUGUGCUUAUUUUUUUGUUUUAAGGACCUUUUGGAAAGAGAAACAAAAAAUCAGGAAAAGUAUGAAAAAGAAAAAGGAAGACUGGUAAAAUUUACAGAGGUAAAUGUAACACGUGUCUCAUUAAUUUGUGAAAUUGUAUUAUGAAGUUGUCUCUGCUCCUGUCAAUUGUAGUUAAUGGUCAAGACCUAACCAGUUAAAAAUGUUCUGAUUUGCAGGAAAAGAACAAUGAGAUAUUAAACUACAACAAUCAGGUAAGCAGUAAAUUCUGGUUGCUACAAUUUUAUCCAUUAAGGUUCUGUUAGCCAGGAAUCAAUGUUUUACUUAAAUUGCUAAUUUGACUAUGAAGAACUUCAAUCCAAUUAAUACAGUUUCCCUUUUGAUUUUCCAUUAAAUAACAGCUUGCACAUUUACAGACGCAGCUUGAGAGAGCCCAGAGUGUUGCAGUCAAAUGGUAACUUGAAGUAAUUUUCAUGUGCUUAAUUCUAGUAAUGUGCUAUCAAAUCCUUAUCGUAUUUCCCUAAAAGAAGGUUGUAGUUUCUUACUGGUUACCAUGCUGAUUUGUCAUUUCAGGGAAUCUCAGUGGACACAUAUACAAAAUACAGCAGCCAAGAAAACUCUUCUUUUAGGAAGAAUAAAAAUGUAUGUAGUGAAUGCAGCAUUUAUCAUGGAAUAUAUUUGCAAAAGUUACAAUCUGGAACUAGAUAUUCAUAAUUGUUUGCUGGUAUUUCUUUCACCCCAGGGCAACCCACAACUUGUUCAUGUUAGUGAACAGACACCUUAAACAGAACACAGUCAUAGAACAUACUGAAAAACAGCUAGAAAAGGUAAUGUCACUAAAACUUUUAAAUGAGGAGACAAACAGGAACGUAGACAUCUACAUGUUUAACAAACCGGUAUCUUCUGGUUGGAUUAGUUGUAUUUUUCGUUUGCCUCAGUGAGUAGGUACUAUACUAUAAUCAUAAUGAGAUAAAAAGAUGCUUAGGAUGUUGUAAACCAUGCCUGCAAGUUUUAGACAGUUCGUUUUGUUUCUUUAGCUGAUAGUUUUAUUGGAUAAUUUUCAAAACUUUUGAAAUCCCCAUCUGGAAUAAAAACAGAACAGGUUUACAGCCCCGUUGAAUUACCUAGACCUUCGAGAAACGAGCCUAGUUCAGGAUAAUUUUUUUUAUUUAUUAAGUCAUUUAUUUGCUGCAUUACAAUAAAACUUUACAAGGAAGCAUGAUGGGCCAAUUUUUAAUAGAAUAAAGUGUAUUUGUAGGAAACGUAAAUUGAAUUACGAGCCUUAUGUAAGGUUAAUCUUCCUCCCAAAAGGAUAAAUUUCGUAAAAGUUCUAAUAAAGCAAACAACACGUUUUUCAGUCGACAAAGAUUGUCCAUAGUUAAAUUUACUUCAUUGCUCAACGUCUUUGGGUGAUGAAAAACAAUUUUUAAACUUUUUCCUUGUCAUCUAAUCUGUACAUGAUAUAUUUUUCUCAUUAUCAGAUCCAAGUAUUUAUUCAAGACUUGACUCAAAUCACCAAUGAAAUCAAACGGGCAGAGACAGCUGCUACUAAUGCCACGUCUGCCAUGAGUUAA